CGCAUAAAGCAACCUAACCUAAACAUUAACCAUCUAAAAAAAUUAUUACAAAAAUUCGUGCUUAAACAGUAAAUAUUAUGGCUUUACAAGCUGCAACAAAGUCGUCUAUGCUCCUAGGGAGGUGUGUGCCUAGUCUAAAACAGAACGCAUCUAAAUUUAAAAUCAAAAGAUUGGAACUUGAUACAAAUUUGUUAAUGUACUUUGGUAAAGAAGAAUUUGUGUACGCGUAUGACCCCAAUAAAAUAUGCAAAACUGGUGAUGUUGUUCUUAUUGAGCAACUUCCAACGAGAAUGACAAGGUUAAUCACACAUGCUGUUAAAAAAGUUGUGUAUCCAUUGGGAGACAUAACUGAUCCGAUAACAGGAAAAAAGGUUGUUGCUGGAAAGUACAGAGAUUUUGUUGAAUCUGUAAAUAAAGUGUAUGGCGAAAAAGAAGGAGCAUUUAAAUAUGAUGAAGCGCCUCCAAGAGGUUGGCAAGAAGAUAAAAAAGAUUUCACUCAUGUAGAAACAUACAUCAAGUACCACGAGUCAGGAAAAGACGAUCCAUAUGCUGUGUAACGCCUAGUUUUGUUGUUUCAGUAGUUGUAAUAAAAAAUACAUUGUCAA